AAAUUUUGUAGUCGCCGUCUCAAACUCUCAAAACACCACUCUGCCUUUCCAGAUUUGUCAACUGGCUCUCUUCAUUUCAUUUUUACCUCCAAUUAUAUGUAGGAAAAUCACAGACACGGAGAGUAGCUGCGAGUUGCAAUGAUAUCUCUGCAACCGCUCACCAACCCUAAGGCUUCCGCCUUGUACUCUUCCUCGCUGAUUCCACCCAACCCAUUCUUUCAUUCCCUCAAAACCCUAAAGCCACCCACUCCUUACCUAAAACCCUUCCCCCGAAUCCAAUCCAUUUUACAGUACAACCGCAAGCCCCAGCUCGCCGGCGAGACUCCUCGGGUUGUCGUCAUCACCUCCGGCAAAGGCGGUGUAGGCAAGACCACUACCACCGCCAAUGUGGGGUUGUCACUCGCCCGCCUGGGCUUCUCCGUGGUGGCCAUUGACGCCGAUGUGGGCCUCCGUAACCUUGACCUCCUUCUCGGUCUGGAGAAUCGAGUGAAUUACACCGUUGUGGAGGUUCUCAACGGGGAUUGCCGGCUCGACCAAGCCUUGGUUCGAGACAAGCGCUGGUCCAAUUUUGAGCUGCUCUGCAUUUCCAAACCCAGAUCCAAAUUGCCCAUUGGGUUCGGUGGGAAAGCCCUUACUUGGCUGGUGGAAGCAUUGAAAGAUAGGGAGGAAGGCGCUCCGGACUUUAUCCUGAUCGAUUGCCCAGCUGGCAUUGAUGCUGGGUUCAUUACUGCCAUUACCCCAGCCAAUGAGGCUGUUUUGGUGACCACCCCGGAUAUCACCAGCCUUAGGGAUGCAGAUAGGGUGACGGGUUUGCUGGAAUGUGAUGGUAUUAGAGACAUCAAGAUGAUUGUCAACCGAGUUCGGACGGAUAUGAUAAGAGGCGAGGAUAUGAUGUCGGUGCUGGAUGUGCAGGAAAUGUUGGGGUUGGCUUUGCUCGGUGUGAUUCCAGAGGAUGCGGAAGUUAUUAGGAGUACCAACAGAGGGUAUCCUCUUGUGCUGAAUAAGCCGCCGACUUUGGCUGGCCUGGCAUUUGAGCAGGCGGCGUGGAGGUUAGUUGAGCAGGAUAGUAUGCAAGCUGUUAUGGUGGAGGAAGAGCCUAAGAAACGAGGCUGGUUUUCUUUUUUUGGAGGGUAGAUUAAACCAUGCCAUUCUGCUUCCAAGUUUGUUUUUCUUUGGGGUAAGAGGAAGAUGGUAAGUUGUUUGAUGUGUACAGUAGGGAAAGUAGGGAUUUUUUCUUUUGAUGAAUUGUAAGUGUAAUUUCAAUCCUUUAUCAAUCCUAUAUUAGGAUUUAUUUUGCUUGGUAAAACCUUUGGUUGCCGUACAUUCUUUCCAGUAGUCAAGGAUUUGGCAGGAAAAUUGUUUUGAGUUAAAUUUUUAGAAUCACUUAUGAAAUCCUCCAUCACUGAAGAUUAAAGUAAGGAAUUUUUAGUCGGAAUAGAAAACGGCAUUCUCUGGUAUUGAAGCUGAUCUAUAUUGAUGUUUCCUUUUAUAUGCUUAUCUAGUUAUUGCAAUUUUGAAACUGGGAAAUACCACUUCUGUGUUUAUUUGACGAUUUUGCAUUGGCCUCAAAUUCAUGCUUCAUUAAGUGAAAGUUUUCCUUGUGGCGCUAAAACUUUCAACACAUGUAUAUGAUGAUGUAUCAGUGCUUUUCCAUUGUUUUACCACUUCAAAUCCAUGCUUCAUUAAGUGCAAAUUUCCGUUGCAACUGCUACCUGUUUAGACUUCUUAGCAUUGUUGGGUAUAGUCAUUCACAAGCUCCAAACUGACAUUACCAUUGUGAUCAUUCAUUUUCUGCUGGUGAGCGUAUUCUGGUCAUGUUUCUUCUGCACCAUGAAUUUUGGACGAGUGCCCAAGAUAUUGUUACUUUUGCAGCUAAGGGCUGCUGCACUAAAACCAGGGAAUGUUCUCUUAUUAAGGUAGAUCCUUGAAAGUUAAAACAGGCUAAUGUUCUCUUAGUAUAUCAAGAUCGUGGUCAUUGCAUAACUGUAUGGCUGAAACACACGCGACAUUAUCUGUUAGCGUUUUUGUGGAAAUACUCGAUACAUGCCACUCAUUAUCAAAAUGUGAUAUACCGGGCUGUCAGACCAAGACUUGUUAGAGCAUAACUAUGGUUCCAUCUACUUCAUGAUGGGAGACGACGACAUAAGUUGCGGUCCAGAGGAGAUGCAAUCAAAUGGUUGAAACUGAACAGAGUAAAGGAGGAGAUGGCUUUUCAGGGGAACAACAGUUUCAUCACAAGGUAUAUUGUUCAGCUCCUUAACAAGCUGUAGUAGUGUGCUGAUUAAAAUGUCUGAAUGUAGAAACAUACAGAAGCCGUUCAGUUAUGCCAUGAUCGUAUGGAAACAUACUCUAUCACUGAUAUAUCAAGUUGAAGAAAUUGGUUUUCGUAAUGAGAUGGAUCUCUCGGUUUUUCAUCUCUUUUUGAUGAAUUGAAACGAAUUUGUUAGAAUUACUUACUCUCCAUUCAUAAAUGUAUGGUUUCACUUUUAUACCACGUCAUGUUAUUAUAAGG